UCUCCCAUCGUCCACCGCGCGGUCAGAGUCCAUGCGGUGCUCCAUGCAGUCCUGGCUGCAGCGACAGAUGAGGUCCUUGAAUGACACACCGCCGGAGCAGGCUUGUAUGGCUCUCAGCGCUCAGGGACACCGUUUCAUCCGGACUCUGUCACGAAACGUCCAACGUGCUGCAUUGAUGUUCGGCCAGUCCUAACAUAAGGGUCUGCAGGUGAAAGUGACAGCAGCAGAGAGGAGGAGGAGGAGGAGGGGCAGGAGAGGAGGGCGAUGAUGCAGCGCGUUCUGUCCCAUAUGGCGCUGCGGCGGGUGGCGGCGUUGCGCUCAGUGCUGGGUGGCGUCACCGUCCCCGACCCCCCAGCAGCAGCUUUUUGUUGCUGCUUGCUCCGCCUGUCCCCGUCCCUGCCCGCAGGCCAGCGCUGGCUGGCAACCUCUGCCUCCGUCAAGGCAACACAGCACCCAAAACACCAACCACAGCAGCAGCAGCCGCCGCCAGAGGAGGAGGCACAACCCAGCUCCCCUCCUCACACCCAGGCGGCCCAAAAACCAGAGGCCGGAGCUGAUGGUGGCGAGGUGGACCCCCUGCAGGACAAGUCCAUCGGUCUGGUCCAGAGGUUUAAGAAGACGUUCAAACAGUACGGGAAGGUGAUGAUCCCUGUACACCUUGUGACGUCCUCUGUUUGGUUUGGGACCUUCUAUUAUGCUGCUAUGAAGGGUGUGAAUGUAGUGCCAUUCCUAGAGAUGAUCGGUCUGCCGGAGUCAGUCGUCGGCCUUUUGAGAGACUCUUCAAGUGGCUAUGCCCUAACUGCCUAUGCCAUGUAUAAGAUUGCAACGCCUGCCAGGUACACCGUGACUCUGGGCGGCACGUCACUAUCAGUCCAGUAUCUCCGCAAGCACGGCUACUUCUCCACACCACCGCCGGUUAAAGACUACAUCCAGGACAAAAUGGAGGAAACUAAGGAGAAACUGACAGAAAAAAUGGAGGAGACAAAGGAGAGGUUCUCUGAGAAAAUGGAGGAAACCAAAGAACUGAUCUCGGGGAGGAUGGAGGAAACGAAAGAGCGAUUCAAUGAGAAAAUGGAGGUGACAAAGGACAAGCUCUCUGAAAAACUGCAGGAAACCAAAGACAAAGUCUCUGAGGGAAAAGCGUUUUUCAGAAAGAAGAGCGAUUAGCAAAGCAUGUUUACCACAGGCACUGGCUCUGAACAAAACAAAACAAACAAAAAAAACAAAGACUAAUUGUCUCAAAAAGUAAUAAGUGGGCUUGGGGCAGGUAAUGAAGUGUGACUCAGCAGAGAAGAGACUUUGCACUAUGUUUGUCCUGAAAUUUCACCUCGCACAUCUCAGUUAUCAGUUUAUGUCAAAUAUCAUCCUUAAUUGUCCAAACCCUAUCAUGAUGCACUCUGAAGUGUAGACUAGACAGCAGCUUAGCAGACUCCUGGCACUUGGACAUCCUGGCUCAGUCAUCUUAGACUGGUUUUACAGGCUCACAUUAUCAGGAUUUUAACUCUCGCUGGCCCAGAUGUGACCGUCUCGCUGUAAACGGCCUGUGUAGGGAGAGACUGGAUUGAAUCUGAUUCCUCCUUUCACAGAUUGUCAAGAUGAGAUCUGGGUUCCAGACACUUGGAGAGCAAAUCUGUUCACUGUUGUAGAAACUGCAGCACUACAAACAGCAUGGAGUGCUAAUCCUUUAGGUGGCUUACAUAAAUAAAACUUGAAGUUCACGGUUACCUGUGUGUACUAGUCCAUCAAAGCCUUUCUGAAGGCUGGGUAUCACCUUGUGUCUUUUAUAAUGUCAGGAGAAAGAAAUUAAGUUUUUCUAAUGUAUUUUUAUCUGAUAGCCAAAGCUAAUAUAUUGCAUUAUUUUUGUGUCUGUCUCUAAUGUAUUGACUGAAAAAUUGCAUAAAAUGAGGAGUGAUUAAGUGAGAUGAUUGUUUGGUGUGGAAAUCAAAGUCAAAAUACAUGUCAGUUUACAUGUAAGUUGUCAGUCACACAUGUAAACACACAAUGUUACGUGUUAACAUUCGACACAUCCUGUAAUGUACUUUAAAGGUUAUCACAGGGGUCAGGUAGUGCUGACAGUUUGCCAGCUGAGAUGUCUUUGGUACUGCUAAAUGGACAAAUGUUGCUGUCAAAAAUUCAAAUAGAUGUUUGGACAAGUCUACAAGUAAAUAAAGCAAAUGGCUAAUCAUCGAA